ACAGAAACGCCACGUGUAAUGCAGAGUUUUCGGAACUGGGUGCUCAAUGACGUGGCCAAAUGCUUGCAGUCCAUUGGAGGGCUGGUUUUUGUUUACCAUAAGUCAGUGAACUCCGUGUUUUCUGAUCACUUUUUCUUCGGCACGGGGACGUAGUGAAGAGUAUGACAGGCCUGGUUUCCAGCCUCAGAGACACCGGUACUGAGCAUAUUUGUUACCAGCCUAUUGGCAUUCCUUCUGCCUUGGGCUGGCAAAGGUGGUCCUGGCUUUCAUCCAGGGGAACUGAGGCAGAAACUGUAGAAGACUGAGGACCGAGGAGCGGAACAGGGACUAAAGCCAACCGUAGGUCACUGUGGGUGGCUCUCACUGUCGGCUCCUUCAUUUUUGUUAGACUUGGAGGAGCAACAGUAUCAAAGUGCUCUAUUUUGGGCAGAUAAAGUAGCUUCACUCUCUCACGAGGAACCCCAGGACAUCUAUUGGUUGGCUCAAUGUCUUUUCCUGACAGCACAAUAUCACAGAGCCGCUCAUGCGCUUCGGUCACGAAAACUGGACAAGUUGUAUGAAGCAUGUCGUUACCUUGCAGCUAGGUGCCAUUAUGCUGCAAAAGAGCACCAGCAGGCCCUUGAUAUUCUUGAUAUGGAAGAGCCAAUCAACAAAAGAUUAUUUGAAAAAUACUUGAAGGAUGAAAGUGGCCUCAAAGAUCCCUCCAGUGACUGGGAGAUGUCACAGUCUUCAAUAAAGAGUUCUAUUUGUCUUCUCCGUGGGAAAAUCUAUGAUGCUCUAGAUAACCGAACCCUGGCUACCUACAGCUACAAAGAAGCUUUGAAGCUUGACGUCUACUGUUUUGAAGCAUUUGAUCUUUUAACUUCACACCACAUGUUGACAGCACAAGAAGAAAAAGAACUUCUUGAAUCGCUACCUCUUAGCAAGCUCUGUAAUGAAGAACAGGAAUUGCUGCGUUUUCUAUUUGAGAACAAAUUAAAAAAAUAUAAUAAGCCUAGUGAAACGGUCAUCCCUGAGUCUGUAAAUGGCUUGCAAGAGAAUCUGGAUGUGGUAGUGUCUUUAGCUGAGAGACAUUAUUAUAACUGUGAUUUUAAAAUGUGCUACAAGCUUACUUCUGUAGUGAUGGAGAAAGAUCCUUUCCAUGCAAGUUGUUUACCUGUACAUAUAGGGACACUUGUAGAGCUGAAUAAAGCCAAUGAACUUUUCUAUCUUUCUCAUAAACUGGUGGAUUUAUAUCCUAGUAAUCCUGUGUCUUGGUUUGCAGUGGGCUGUUACUAUCUCAUGGUUGGUCAUAAAAAUGAACAUGCCAGAAGAUAUCUCAGCAAAGCCACAACACUUGAGAAAACCUACGGACCUGCAUGGAUAGCCUAUGGACAUUCAUUUGCAGUGGAGAGUGAGCAUGACCAAGCGAUGGCUGCCUACUUCACAGCAGCACAGCUGAUGAAAGGGUGUCAUUUGCCUAUGUUGUAUAUUGGAUUGGAAUACGGUUUGACCAAUAACUCAAAACUGGCUGAAAGGUUCUUCAGCCAAGCUCUGAGCAUCGCACCAGAAGACCCUUUUGUUAUGCAUGAGGUCGGAGUGGUUGCAUUUCAGAAUGGAGAGUGGAAAACAGCUGAAAAAUGGUUUCUUGAUGCUUUGGAAAAAAUUAAAGCAAUUGGGAACGAGGUAACAGUUGACAAAUGGGAACCUUUGUUGAACAACUUGGGGCAUGUCUGCAGAAAACUUAAAAAGUACGCCGAGGCCUUGGACUACCACCGCCAGGCACUGGUGUUGAUUCCUCAGAAUGCGUCCACCUACUCUGCUAUCGGGUAUAUCCACAGUCUGAUGGGCAACUUUGAAAAUGCUGUGGACUACUUCCACACAGCCCUUGGUCUUAGGCGAGAUGAUACGUUUUCUGUUACAAUGCUUGGUCAUUGCAUCGAAAUGUACAUUGGUGAUUCUGAAGCUUAUAUCGGAGCAGACAUUAAAGACAAAUUAAAAUGUUAUGACUUUGAUGUGCAUACAAUGAAGACACUAAAAAACAUUAUUUCACCUCCCUGGGAUUUCAGGGAAUUUGAAGUAGAAAAACAGACUGCAGAAGAAACGGGGCUUACGCCAUUGGAAACCUCAAGGAAAACUCCUGAUUCCAGACCUUCCUUGGAAGAAACCUUUGAAAUUGAAAUGAAUGAAAGUGACAUGAUGUUAGAGACAUCUAUGUCAGACCAUAGCACGUGACUCCAGUCAGUGUUUCUGGUCCCGCUGUCCCAGUGUAGGAACAGAGACCCGCCUUAAGAGACUGGAUCGCACACCUUUGCAACAGAUGUGUUCUGAUUCUCUGAACCUACAAAUAGUUAAACAUAGUGGAAUAAAGAAGGUAAACCAUC